CAGUUAGUCCGCACGUUUUGGAUGUAGCGGUGUGAUGAUGAUUCAAAAUAAUGUGAGCAACAUAUUGAAACGGGCUGUUCUUACGAUUGCGAACUUCAGGAGCAUGGCUACCGGCCGUUCUCAAUUACCAUAUUCGGAAUAUCAUCCAGAUAUCUAUUAUCAUGAAUUAGGGGAACUUAGUGAAAUGGAAUUUCCUCCGGACAGAAGGCGUUUACCUCCAGUCAGUCGUCAGCCUCUCUCUAAUACUUCUGGCAAGCCAGUUAAAUAUACAAGGCAAAAGAAUGACAGUAGAGGGCCGGAAACGGUACUUAAUAAACUGAUUUAUCGUCAGUAUGGAAUACAGGCAAUGGAGGGUGGUGAGCUUCAGUUUGGCCAUUUUGAGAUGAUGCGAAUUGCAAUCAACAAAGCUCUGGAUGAAAAACGCAUGUUUGCUGUAUGGGGAGUUGAGGCACCAUGGAAGCCAAUAACUCGUCGGUCACAAGGAAAAAGGAAGGGCGGUGGCAAAGCUAACAUUCAUCACUACGUUACUCCAGUCAAGGCGGAAAGAAUUGUUGUUGAACUUGGGGGAUACUUGGAUUGGAGGGAAGCUUAUCGUAUUUUGAGUCGUGCCGCCGACAAGUUGCCAUUUCAUGCUAGGUACAUUUCUCAGGAUCUUCUGGACGCUGAGUCCCAAAUAAAAGCAUAUAUUAAAGAGAAAAAUGUUAAUCCUUUUUAUCAACCGGGGUAUGCAUUAGCGCAUAACUAUGCAGGUUGUCGCAGUUUUAUUAGCCCAUACUAUUUAGAUUGGGGCACUGUAAAAUACCACUAAUUUACACUGUACAAACUUACCACUUUUCUCUUUUGUUAGACUUAAAUAUAAAUAAAAUUCGAAAUCUCCGAACACUGUAUUUAACAUUCUGUACAUAAUUCUUUCAUUUAUGUAGAAAUACAUCUUCUUAGUAAAUGCUGUCCUUAGACGAUUGCUGUAUAACCUAAUCAUUAUGUGGUUAUGAUUUCAUUUCUUUUCUUGUAAUCUACACUUCAACUAAAUAACUCUGACGUUUUAGUGAGCAGUCUGGUUUGCUUAAUGUAAAUUUCAAGGCAGUAAAUAAAGAUACUUGUUUAUCUGAA